GAUUACCAAAGUCAGGAGCACGGCAUAUGCAGACGUGACGGGCCACAAAGAAUAACUGACGCAAUCCUACAACAGCGCCAGGAGCCCAGGAUAGAACUCGGCGGAUUAAAUUUCACAACGGCGCUAUGCUGGCACUGAGAGGAGGCAUUGCGCAUCCACCGAAGAGCUCGCGUGAGCGGGCUAUCGACACUGGUGAACAUCGGGGCUUGCAUGCGCGCCCUUUCGUCCUUGCGCCAAGGCCGCAAAUUUGCCGCCGUGAUGUGCGCUCACGAGGUGGCAUGUACGUCCCAUCGGACAGCUUCGGGGGUGUGAGCCCCGAGCGCAAGGCCUCGGACAUCCUCCGCACCUUCUUCACAUUUGUGGCGGCCAGGGUGGUGCUUGCGCAGCUGGAGGGGUCGGGCAGAGGCGCACUGGGAGCCUACGACUCACAGGCCGCGGGUGACCUGCACCACUUCCUCCAGCACGUGCCGCUUAAGGACGGCGACGCCUGGCUGACCCAGCUUAUGCGCAGGAACAGCAGCCUGGGGCUGAGGCUGCUGGAGGUGCGCAAGGCCUACUGCGAGGAGGCGUUCGAGUGGGACCAGCUGCAGCGCGUCAGCGUCAAGGACAUGCAAGGCGCUAACGCACGCAUCAUGCGCCAGUUUGCGGCGGCCAGUCUGGCGGCGUCACUGGCCGCCGAGCAGGAGGAGGGCCAAGAGGCGCCCAUGCCAGCGGCAGCAGCGACAGCAGCGACAACAGAGGCAGCAACAACAGCAGCAGUAUCAACAGCAUCAGCAGCAGCAACAAUGGCAGCGACAGCAGAGGCAGCAGCAGCCACCAGCACUGCGGGCAGCUCUGCCGCAAGUAGCAGUAGUUGCAGUAGCAGCAGCAGCAAUGGUGCCAGCAUUGCGGCAGCCGGCGCAGGUGCCGGCGCUGUAUCCGACCAGCCGUCGUCCGUGGGCAGUAGCGCGGCGGCAGCAGCACCGGGGCUGGCUGCAAGCACAGCCGGCGGGGAGUCAGGUGGUGGCAUGGAUGGGGCAGAAGCGGCGGCGGGGGGCGGUGCGGGCGCUUCAAGCGUGGGGCUAGGGCCAGGACGGGAAGGAGGUAGCGCCGCUUCGACGCAGCAAGUUGAGGGAGGUUUCACAGGCCCGACGGAUGGGGAGAAGGCAUGAGAGCAUUCGUCGCAUGCCCCCGUGUGAGGGCAAGUUGGAGUCUUGGAGAUGGGCCGCGGGGAUGGGCCCGGAGGUUGGAUGCUGGGCCCAUUUCAUGCACUGGCUGUCUUCUCCACAGAGGACAUGAUAUCAUGCAAACGUGAAACUCAAAGUAGGUGUUCUGCGUUAUCAUGGCAAGUUGAGGGCAAGCAGUUGUUGUCUCGGCGGCUCAGGGGGCGGGGAGCCGCAGGGGGACGUGACUGGGGCUACAAACGGGGCCCGAUCGCGCAUGAGGGGACUGGGGAGUCGACCGGUCG